AUGAUUAGGAUUAGUGAUUUUUUCCGCGCGAUUAGUUUGAAGAGCUCGGGCAUAUAUACUGCAAAGGACAACAUGUUGCUUAUUAUGCAAAAAAAAAAACGAUUAGAACGAAAUGCCGUCGGCAAGUUAAGUUUGGAAACAACUGAGUUCUUGAUCAUGAAGUCAGCUGCUGUUGGAAAACUGAAGAAAGCCAUACGGCAAUGA